UGAACCUUGUAUCCGACAGUGUGUGUAAAUAUUUAAUUUUUGGAUAGUGGAGUUAAAUGCUUUUUAUUAAAUUGCGUCCAUAAAAGUCUCAAUCAUGCCAAAUUCCAACGUUUUGGAAUCAGAUACACCUACAGAGAACAUCAAUAAUCAAACCGAAGCUACUCUUAAAAUCCCAUUCGAGAAUUCUCAACGUGCAGAAAUAGUUUACCGAGUUUUGAGUGUAGAUAAAGAACCACGGCGUAAUUUUGUUCAGAAAGAAUUGCGCCUUAUUGGUAAUCAAAUAGAGAUACACUUUAAAGCUGACCAAGUAAAGAACCUACGUACUGCAAUAACAUCAUUUUUUGGAGCUCUUCUACUUUGUACAGAUACUAUUAAGGAAUUUGCUCCGAAUACACAGACUGUAAACAAUAAUGGCGGAACACACACCAGCGCCAACUCCGCAUAGAGCUGUCUACGGUUUUGGAUUUUAUUUACUCUUUUUUACAAUAUUCAUUUUGUAUGUCAUGUGGGCAUUACUUCCAACCGAAAGUUGGGGAUUACACUAUUUGCCAGAUAAAUAUUUUGCCGCAUAUCUGCCUAUACUUUUGCUUAUGGCUAUGUUCAUUUUUGAGUUCUUCAUAUAUCCUGGAAUAGGUCUCGCUAUGACUCCCAACGUUGAUGACAUGGAAUCUGUAAUGGAUACUACUUUACUACUUCGACAUGUCGAUGUUGGUCAAGACACAAACUUAAAGAAUGAAAGCCUCUGGACACAAGUGCGUUGGCAUAAGCAAUUAACACCACGAAAGGAGCGUAAACUGCUACAAAAUUGCUCAUUUUGUAAAGGGGCACAUCGA